CAGUUCAAGAGACAGAGGAGACAGAGAGCACAGAAAGAAGGGAAAAGAGGAGACCCUGCCACAAAAGAGAGAUCUUAAUGAAAUAGCAAUCCAGGGAAGUCGUGAUUUCAACAUGCCUUUCCAUGUGGAGGGGCUGGUAGCUAUAAUUGUAUUCUAUCUGGCAAUCCUGUUUGUUGGAAUAUGGGCUGCCUGGAAAACCAAAAAUAGUGGCAGUGAUGGAGAUCGCAGAGAAGCUAUCAUAGUCGGUGGAAGAGAUAUAGGCUUGCUAGUUGGUGGAUUUACGAUGACCGCCACUUGGGUUGGAGGAGGCUAUAUCAACGGGACAGCAGAAGCCGUGUAUGUCCCAGGCUAUGGGCUGGCUUGGGCUCAGGCACCCAUUGGCUAUUCCCUUAGUCUGGUUUUAGGUGGUCUAUUUUUUGCAAAACCCAUGCGUUCCAAAGGCUAUGUGACAAUGUUAGACCCUUUUCAACAGAUUUAUGGAAGAAGAAUGGGAGGGCUGCUGUUUAUACCCGCUCUAAUGGGAGAGAUGUUUUGGGCUGCAGCCAUCUUCUCUGCUUUAGGUGCCACCAUAAGUGUGAUCAUUGAUAUUGAUAUCAAUAUUUCAGUGAUUGUUUCUGCCCUGAUUGCAAUUAUAUACACCCUGGUGGGUGGACUCUACUCAGUGGCCUAUACUGAUGUGGUUCAGCUCUUCUGCAUCUUCCUAGGGCUGUGGAUCAGUGUUCCUUUUGCAAUGUCACAUCCUGCAGUUAAAAACAUUGGAUUCACAGCUGCGCAGAAAGAAUCUUGGCUUGGAUCCAUUGAAUCACUUGAUGUCUACUCAUGGCUUGACAACUUCUUUUUACUGAUGUUAGGAGGAAUCCCAUGGCAAGCAUAUUUUCAGCGAGUUCUUUCUUCUUCAUCUGCCACAUAUGCUCAAGUAUUAUCCUUUCUGGCAGCUUUUGGUUGUCUUGUGAUGGCCCUUCCUGCGAUACUCAUUGGUGCAAUAGGAGCAUCAACAGAUUGGAACAAGACUAUGUAUGGUUUACCAGACCCCACAGAGAGGCAAGAAGCAGAUAUGAUUUUACCAAUUGUGCUUCAAUAUCUUUGUCCUGUCUAUAUUUCUUUCUUUGGCCUUGGUGCAGUAUCUGCUGCUGUAAUGUCAUCAGCUGACUCUUCAAUCUUAUCAGCGAGUUCUAUGUUUGCUCGAAACAUUUACCAACUUUCAUUUCGACAAAAUGCUUCAGACAGGGAAAUAAUUUGGGUCAUGCGAAUCACUAUUUUUGUCUUUGGAGCAGCAGCGACAGCAAUGGCACUGCUAGCUAAGUCAGUUUAUGGACUCUGGUAUCUCAGUUCUGAUCUUAUUUACAUCAUCAUCUUCCCUCAACUCUUAUGUGUGUUAUUUAUCAAAGGAACCAACACUUAUGGUGCCAUUGCAGGGUAUUUGUUUGGCCUCCUUCUCAGAAUUACUGGAGGAGAACCAUACCUCUACCUUCAGCCCUUGAUCUUCUAUCCUGGUUACUACGCAGAUAAAAAUCAUAUAUACGUCCAGCGCUUCCCAUUUAAAACACUUGCUAUGCUCACCUCCUUCUUCACUAAUAUUGCAGUCUCCUACCUAGCAAAAUAUUUAUUUGAGAGUGGUUCUUUGCCACCAAAAUUAGACUUCCUUGAUGCUGUUGUUGCGAGGUACAGUCAAGAAAACAUGGACAAAGCAACUCUUGUAAAAAGUGACAAUAUUAUAUUAAAUGAGCUUGCACCGGUGAAUCCUCGGUGCAGUUUGACUCUGAACUCAACUUUCACAAAUAAGGAGGCCUUCAGUGAUGUUGAUUCAAGUCCAGAGCUAUCCAAUGCUGAAGAUAACUUGGUGACCAACACAAAGUGAAAUUCUGCUUUCACAUAAAAUGCAGUGCAACAGGGUAUCCCAUCAUGAAUGGUAAGAGGCAUUUUAGCAGAAGGAAAACAGGGACCAGGAAUAAAAUGCCACUGCACAAUUCUUUAAAUCACUUCUAUGAGAGUGGGAGCCCGUGAAAUAAACUGUUGUAUUUUAUUAUCAAACUUGUUGCGUUGGGAUAUAGAAUAUCAAACGAAGGAUAAAUUCCGCAUCUCCCCUCCUGCCCCAUGCAAACAGAUCUUGAUACUACAGAAUUUAAUAAAUAUAUAAAACACAAAAUAUACAUAACAGAAAACAGUGAAAACUAUUUAGGUCAGCCAGUAUAUAAAGAUACUUGACAUUUGUAUUCAGUCAUCUGUGAGAUUCUGAUAUGGUCACUCUAAAAUAAUGAGCAGUCAACAUUAUAUUGGCACUAACUCAAAAAUAUAUUGUCACUACUGUAAGUGAUUCAUUGCUAAUUAUCAGAUUGCUUGAACAAGUGAUAAUUAACAAUCUUUCUUGCUUUUUCUUAUAACAAAUUUUGUAAAAAUACAUCCAGUAUUUUAUUAUUUGAAUUAAGUGUGUGAUUAACAAUAAGUUCCUUAUAGGAGGGUUAAAUGUGUUAUUCUUACAAAAGGUUAAAAAAUAUAUCACUAUUUUAAAGUGGUGUUAUCUUAUACAAUAUGCAAGAUAACCUUAAAUAAAGUAAAUUACUACAGAAGCCUUUCCUGUCUAGCUCUGAGAGGCUGUCACCAAUAGAAGAUAAAAAACUUGUUUAUUAAAAAAAUAAAAGCAAUUAAUUGAGUUGAAAAUUAAGCUCUGAGUGAAGUAAUGGGAAUUUAUGCUUUCUAGACGUAAAUACAGUUUUGCAGUUGUGAUAAAAGAAACAAUUUCUUCACUCAGUGUCAAAAGGAAUAUUGGACAUAAACAGUCUGUUGGUGUGGAAAUGGAAUAGUGCAGAGUCCAUUAACAGUAUGGGGAGUCAAGAGGGCUGGACGGAAUAUGAGGGUGGGAAAUCUGUAGAAAAUUUUGACUUUUCAUCAACAAAACAAAACUUUUUCAAACAAAAAAUGCAAUCUAUUUUAUUUGGGGGGCUGCU